CUUUAGAACUGAGAUGAGGAGGAAUCUUUUUAACCAGAGUGUGGUAAAUCUGUGAAACUCUUUGCUGCAGAGGGCUGUGGAGGUCAAUACAGAUAGAUCAGUACUUGUUUGGUAAGGGGAUCAAGGGUUAUGGGGAGGAGGCAGGAGAAUGGGGUUAAGAAACAUAUUGGCCAUUAUUGAAUGGUUUAACAUAUUCAAUGGGCUGAAUGGCCUAAUUCUGCUCCUAUGUCUGUGGUCGACUUAUCUCUGAUAACCAGCAUUUGUGCUGAAUAGAUGGACUUAAGGAAAAGAAAAUCCGCUUUACAUUAUUUCUAAAGACCAUUUCUAAAUGUUUGGAUCUGUUUGUAUAGUCUCUGAUAAAAAUGAUAUAUUAGCACUUGGAGAAGAACACCCUGAGGAUAAAAUUUACCAAAAGAAAGUGCAGGAUAUUGGUCGAAAAUAUGCCUACUUCAGAAAAACACUUGGCGAUGGCAACUGCUUUUAUCGAGCAGUAAGCUUUGCUUACUUGGAGUCGCUACUUGGAAGUAAAAAGGGAAUACAAAAACUUAGAAAGAAUUUAAUGCAAAGUCGAGAAGAACUUUCAUCUGCUGGAUUUGCGGAAAGCAGAUUUGAAAAUUCUUUCACCACAUUUAUGGAUAUGAUUGACCUGGUGGAAACGGAUGGUUCAGUUUCAAAACUCCUUGCUGUUUUCAACAACCACGGUGUUUCAGAUCACCUAGUGCAAUAUCUUCGACUGCUAACGUCUGCAUACUUGCAGAAACGGUCUGAGUUCUUUGAGCUUUUCCUCGAGGGAGGUGUAAGCAUUAAAGACUUCUGCACUCAGGAAGUGGAACCAAUGGCUAUGGAGAGUGAUCACAUUCAUAUCACUGCGCUGACCCACGCAUUGAGUUUACCAAUCCAGGUGGAAUAUAUGGACAAAACUGACACUGAAGUUAACCAUCACGUCUUUCCUGAAGGGGCAAAACCUGUAGUUUACCUCCUUUACAAACCAGGCCAUUAUGACAUACUUUAUAAAGCAAAUAAACCAAAAUAGUCUUCAGCUUGCCAUGUGACACCAGAACAGUUUUAGUGCUUGAAACAGGGCUUAGGGAAGAGGAACUCAUUUUUGAUAAAUUUAUGAACACAAUCUUUAAACCAUUUUUCUGCACAAUACAAAAUGAAUGUAUAUUCCCGAUGAAAAUGAAAGAGUUAAUUUAGUAUUGUUGUCCUAAUUAUAAAGCAUGGUUGUAAUCCAUUGUGUACAAAUAACGGCAUCUUUCAAUAUAGCUUUGUAGCAAAGAAUACAUUCCUGGUAGAGUUUAGCUUUUUGUCCUUUUCCCCUUUAAUAACUAUUUCUGUAUACCAUUUGAUUUAUUUCUUGAUCCAUGCUGAAAGUGUUCAUGGAUACAGACUCCUCUUUCAGAACUAAAAAAAAUCUUUUCCUUCUUACAAACACAGGUGAGACCUGAAUCUUUCCUGGUCCAAAAUUUUAACGUUACAGUGACUUUAUUUUCUGUCUAGUAAUUAAAGUAUACUUUACGGUAGGUAAAAAUCAACACUAGCACCCUUGUGACAGGUGAAACAUUUGACUCUUUAUGCAGAAUAAGCAAAUAAUGAUCAUGUCUAAAUUGAAAAGCAAGGAUUGCAAGUAUUAGAUGACUAUAGUGAAAAGUGACUUUCUACUUAAAUGUAUAUACAGAGCUAUAACAAUUGUUUGUAUUCUCAUUUAAUACAUGUUUGAAAAGUAAAUGGUUAUAGUAGGACCAAAUUCUCCCAGAUAAACACUUUGCCAUCAAAAACAGUUCACAUUUUUGGAUUGCACUCAUCAGUACUGUGAAACAUAGAAGCUUUUAUCUUUUAGUAAUGUUUUUUUAAGUUCUGUACUACCAAGUAUUUUUAAGUAAAGCUCAUGAACAUUUAAAAACCUUUUUUGCUGCUCUUGCAUUUCAAGAAGUAUUUAUUGUUGACAAUCGUUCAGUUGUAGGA